UCUCCACACACUCUUAUUUCUAGUGUUAUUAUGGUAGGCUGAUGAUCAAGCAAACGGCAGCAGAAGAGGAUGGAAUCGCCUUUCACGUAGAGCUUUCCUAAAAAAAUAUAUAUAUAUUUUCCUUUUUUUUCCUUUCUUUUAUUUUUUUCUUCUUUUCUUCCAUUUGCAUGCGAGACCCCCUUUUUUUCCCCCUUCCCUGACGCGCAUGGACUGAAAGAAAGUAUCCAUCAUCAGGAUCAUCCUUCUUUUCCUCCUCCUCCUCCUCCUCCUCCUCCUCAUCUUCAUCAUCAUCAUCCUCACCAUCCUCGAGAAUCAUAAGGGGGAAAAAAAAAACAGUAAACAACAACAACAACAACACGGACUCGGCACAUGAUGGACGAGGAGAAGAUGACGAAAAGCGAGGAGGUUCACCUGAGUUUGCAGAAAGCCCUGCAGCAGUGCGAGCUGGUGCAGAACAUGAUCGACAUCAGCAUCUCCAGCCUGGAGGGGCUCAGGACCAAAUGUGCCACAUCCAACGACCUGACGCAAAAAGAAAUCCGCACGCUCGAGGGUAAGCUGGUGAGAUACUUCAGCCGGCAGCUCUCCUAUAAAAAUAAAGUGCCCUUACAGGAGCGCAACGUGGAGCUGGACGGCUUUCCUCGCCUCGCACACUGGCUCCGCAUCGUAAACAUGAGGAAGGAGGUCACACAGGAGAUCUCUCCAGGUGAGCUGACCCUCGAGUCGCUCUUAGACAUGACGGAUGAGGGGGUUUGUGAAUCGCUACAGAAGUUUGGAGCGAGUGAGGACGAAUGCCGAUUGAACGCGUCCCUCACCUGCCUACGCUCCGCCCACAAAUCAGAACAACUGGAGGACGACAAAUUGCACAGUAAUGGAGGAUUUGGCAGCGCUCAGCCUAAUCAGGACUGGUCCAUCCAGUGGCCAAUGUCCGAGUCGGGUAAAGAGAACACCCCAGCCGGUACCCCAGACCCCGGGCAGUGGGUGCGACUGCAGUUGUCACAGAGCCCAAAGCCUCAGUCACGCUACACCCAUGCUCUGUGUCAUAGCCCUCAGGCCUUGGCUCCUCCAGCCUUCUACCCUCAGCCCGAGCGGCUGUGUGUGGACGUCUACCAGGGUCUGACCCCUCUUGGCAUGCUGGACGUAGGGCACCGCUCUCUACCCCCAUCUCCCAGGCAGAGGCACUUUCCUCACACUCCCCCACGCACUCCACUGGUGGUUAAUACCAUGACACCGCCUGGGACGCCACCACUGCGCCGUCGCAACAAGGUGAAGGCCCCGGGCACGCCACCACCUGCCAACCGCAAACUCAUCCACCUGCUGCCUGGGUUCAGCGCUCUGCACCGCAGCAAAUCUCACGAGUUUCAGCUGGGGAACCGCAUCGAUGAUGCACACACACCGCGAGCCAAGAAGAAAGCCAAGCCUCUGAACCUGAAGAUCCACAGCAGCGUAGCGGGCAGCUGUGAGAACCUCCCAACUCAGAGAUCUCCUCUCCACUCGGAUCAUUCGCUCCGCUCCUUUUUCUUCCCGAGCCUCGUGCCCUCCACGCCACCGGUGCAUGCAGAAACCCCUUCGGCCAAUACUCUAUCAGUUCCUCGCUGGUCCCCUCAGAUCCCACGAAGAGACCUGGGCAACUCUAUUAAACACAGAUUUUCCACCAAAUACUGGAUGUCACAGACUUGUAUCGUCUGUGGGAAAGGAAUGUUAUUCGGCUUGAAGUGCAAAACAUGCAAGCUGAAGUGCCACAAUAAAUGUACCAAAGAAGCACCUCCUUGCCAUUUGCUUAUUUACCAUCGAGGAGGUAGGAACUCGUUCAAAGAUCAAGGAACAUCUCAAGCUCGUCAGCUCGUCAGGACCGAGUCGGUGCCCUGCGACAUAAACAACCCCCUCAGGUACACAGACCUGCACAUUAGCCAGACGCUGCCCAAAACCAACAAAAUCAACAAGGACCACAUUCCUGUGCCGUACCAGCCUGACUCCAGCAGUAACCCCUCAUCCACUACCUCCUCGACCCCAUCAUCCCCAGCUCCGCCUCUUCCUCCCAGUGCGACUCCUCCCUCUCCGCUUCACCCAUCCCAUCAAAACGCCCGACAGACCAAACAACCCAACUUAACAGCUUCUCAUUACUACAAAUACAAGCAGCAGUUCAUCUUUCCUGAUGUGACUCCAGAGGUUCCUAACAGAGCUCCUCAGGUUAUCCUCCAUCCUGUGCUGGCAGAGCCUGGUAACAAAGGCAACCCUCUGCUGCAGAUCGAGGUUGAACCUACUUCAGAUAACGAAGAUGGGAACCAUGAAGCAGAGGACUCGGCCGACGAGUUUGAGGAAAUGAACCUGUCGUUGCUGUCGGCGCGUAACUUCCCACGUAAGGCGAGCCAGACGAGCAUCUUCCUGCAGGAAUGGGACAUCCCGCUGGAGCAGCUGGAGAUCGGCGAACUGAUCGGGAAGGGACGCUUCGGGCAGGUCUACCACGGCCGCUGGCACGGCGAGGUGGCCAUCCGUCUCAUCGACAUCGAGAGAGACAACGAGGAUCAGCUCAAGGCUUUCAAGCGGGAGGUGAUGGCAUACAGGAACACGCGCCACGAGAAUGUGGUGCUCUUCAUGGGUGCGUGCAUGAGCCCACCGCACCUGGCCAUCAUCACCAGUCUGUGUAAAGGGAGGACUCUGUAUUCCGUUAUAAGAGAUGCAAAAGUCAUCCUGGAUGUCAACAAGACCAGACAAAUUGCACAGGAAAUGGUGAAGGGCAUGGGCUAUCUGCAUGCCAAAGGCAUUCUUCACAAGGACAUGAAGUCGAAGAACGUCUUCUAUGACAACGGGAAAGUGGUCAUCACCGAUUUUGGACUCUUCACCAUAUCUGGUGUUUUACAAGCAGGCAGUAGGAGAGAGGAUAAGCUGCGGAUUCCGAGCGGCUGGCUCUGCCAUCUUGCUCCCGAGAUCGUCUGCCAGCUUUCCCCGGAGACGGCGGAAGAUCAGCUCCCCUUUUCCAAACAGUCUGACGUCUUCGCCUUUGGGACGAUCUGGUACGAGCUGCAUGCACGAGAGUGGCCUUUUAAGACCCAGCCAGCUGAAGUGAUCAUAUGGCAGGUGGGCAGCGGCAUGAGACCCAACCUCACUCAGAUCGGCAUGGGCAAAGAGAUCUCGGACAUCCUGCUAUUCUGCUGGGCUCAAGAGCCCGAGGAGAGACCGAGCUUCUCCAAGCUGAUGGAGCUGCUCGAGAAACUGCCUAAGCGCAACCGCCGUCUCUCGCACCCCGGGCACUUCUGGAAAUCAGCUGAGUAUGUAAAAUGAGCCAGGUUCUAAAAGAAACUACUCUGAAGUCCUGAGGAUUAAGUUUAUUGCCAUUAGACACACGGCAUUGUGGGAAACCAGUGCGCAGGGGUCCGGGUAGGGGGAGUUGAAUUGUACGUGUAGUCAAUUUUGCAUCAUGUUCUUCUGUUUAUCGUUUGAUCAUGUAUGUAGAUUUUUUUUUAUUAUUUUUAUUAUUUAUUGUUUAGUUCUCUGUUUUUGUUUUUUUCUUUUUAAUCUGUUCAAUCUGUUUUUGUGCUUUUGAAUUUAUUCAUGAUUAAUUUUGUCAAUGUUAUCGUGUUGACAAACUUCUGUUCAGUCACGUUCGACGAUGCAUUUUGAUUAACAAAUGCAAAAUUGUUUGUAUUCCUCUGUGACUCGUGCGUCUGUACGUUUUCUUUUCACAAGUACGUGUAGUUCCGGAGUGAAUGUAUCUUGGAUUAUAAUUUUUUUUGUCGGAUUUGUUGUUUGAUCUAUUGUUUUAUUCUUUGCUUUCAGUCCAUUCAUCAGCAUCCAUUUUAUGUAUGUGUGCUUGUGUGCUUGUGUGUGUGUGUGUGUGUGUGUGUGUGUGUGUGUGUGUGUGUGUGUGUGUGUGUGUAUGUGUGUUUUUUAACUUGGUGACCAAUGUUCCCACAUGGACAGGACAUUUUGACCUUGUUUGUGACAGUUUGACCUUGUCAGGAUAUUUGGUUUGUCCCCACAUGGAUUUUUUUCAAAAAUAGAACAAUAAUAUUAAUCUUUAGAUAAUUAAAGGGUCCUCACAAGGCUAAGUCCAAGUGGUGUGUGUGUGUGUGUGUGUGUUGGCAUUCAUGUGGCCGUUUCAAGUCACAAAGCUUUACUACACUUUUAAGGUGCACAAGCAUACUUAUAAAGAAUAUAAUAAUAAAAAAAAUGAAUAUCUAGAGAAUAAAGUUUUUUUUUUGUUUUGGUUUUUUUAUACACAAAAGAAAAAUGUAUAAUAAAGAACAUGUUUCCUUGCAUGUUUUUGCAUUUCUAGGAAAUCCCAUCACUUUUCAAUUCCAGACGCCCGGAUUGUAUUAUGUAUAAUAUAUUAACUGUGAUAAUGUGAGACCUUGACGGGUUAAACUCUGUCUUCUUCUUCUUCUUUCGGCUUCUCCCAUUAGGGGGCGCCACAGCGGAUCAUCCAUCUCCAGACCCCUUGUCCUCUUCAUCUGCCUCUUUCAAACCAACU